GACGCGGACGGGCUAGUUUGAGUUGACAAGCAGUGCAGGGCGGAUACCGGAUCGUUCACCACAGAGCUCCGCCCUGCACAGACCCAGUCAGCCGGCCUCCCUCUCCCCUGCUGUAAGUCCCAGAGGAGCCCAGGCUCGGGAAACAGCCGAAGGAGAGUGGCAGGGAGCGAGAGAGAGAGAGAGGGGGGAGGAGGAGGGAGAGAGGCUCUCGGAGUGGAAGGCCCUGAGGGGGAGGGCUGCUCCCGCUCCUAUAAGAGCAGGUGUCGGCGCCGGGGAGCCCAGUUGGCAGACAGAGGAACCGGUGGACGUACCUGGACAAGCCCUCUCGCACCCGAAAGGACAGCACCAUGGGCAGGCAGAAGUACUACAUUGACAAGCUGGCGCGCGCCUUCCAGAUCAGGAACCUGCUGCUGCGCCAGGCCCUGGCAGAGUGCCUGGGGACCCUCAUUCUCGUGAUGUUCGGCUGUGGUGCAGUGGCUCAGCUGGUGCUUAGCGGUGGCUCUCAUGGUAUGUUCAUGACCGUGAACUUUGCUUUCGGCUUUGCGGCUACCCUAGGAAUCCUGAUCUGCGGACAGGUGUCGGGAGGACAUCUUAACCCGGCGGUGACUUUUGCCCUGUGCCUGCUUGGGAGGGAUCCCUGGAGGAAACUCCCUGCUUACUUUCUGGCCCAGACACUGGGAGCCUUCCUGGGCUCUGGGAUCAUCUUCGGCCUGUACUUUGAUGCCCUGUGGGAUUUCGCUGGUGGGGAUCUGCUGGUGACCGGAACAAAUGCGACUGCUGGCAUCUUCGCCACCUACCCCUCCAACCACCUCACCCUGAUCAACGGCUUAUUUGACCAGCUGAUUGGUACUGCCGCCCUGGUGGUGUGUAUCCUGGCUAUCGUGGACCCCUACAACAACCCCAUCCCACGCGGGCUGGAAGCCUUCACGGUGGGCUUCGUGGUGCUGGUUAUCGGCCUGUCCAUGGGCUUCAACUCCGGCUAUGCAGUCAACCCUGCCAGAGACCUCGGCCCGCGGCUCUUCACCGCCAUAGCUGGCUGGGGCAGCGAGGUCUUCACGGCUAAUGACUACUGGUUCUUUGUGCCCAUCUUCGCCCCCUUCAUUGGCUCGUUUGUGGGUGUGGUGGUGUACCAGCUGAUGGUUGGCUACCACGUGGAGGGAGAGGUUCGGGACAGAGAGGAGAGAGGCGGGGAGGAGGGAGCCAAGCUGUCCAACUUCAACCCCAAGGAGACGGCGUGAGCCCAGCGACCCCCGCCCCCCCCUCCGCGGGCAGACCGCCAAGCCCACCCCUCUCCUCCCAGACACUUGCCACGCCCUUCCCCUGCUUGAUCUCUCAGGCCUGCUCUGCUGGGGCUCGGGUCGACGAGACUGGGGAAAUCUGCUCUCAGCGGACCCCCAGCACUACCUGCUUCAGCCACCCCUGAAGGCCCCUGCUCUAAAGCAACUUGUGUGAGCUGUCUGCCCUCUGUAAAUACACAUGUAUAGCACCGCGCUCUUCCUCGGCAUUGUAGGUUUCCUGGAGUUUGGUUUAAACGGGGUUGUACUUUUUCUUAAUCCUUUAAAAGCAAACCAAAAAGCUUUGUGAAAAUCUCCGUUCUAGUUAUUUGAUCAGUUCUCUGAAAUAUAAUUAGCUUGGUAAGGAAAAUAUGCCCUGGAUUCUUUCCAGCUCCACUUUGUAUGCACAUGCUGUAUGUUCUGUAUGAUUAUAGGUUUUUCUACUACAUGUGAUAUAUAUAUAUAGUUACCAGUAAGUCUGUUUCUAAGCUUUCUGAAGAUUUUGUCAUGGUGAGUAUCUUAGAUAGACCUUUCUACGUAUUUUGUUACUUGUGAAGAAUAUUUUAAUUUCAUUUUUACAGCUCUUUUAUAAGGAACAUGUAACUGUCUCUACCAAAUCUUUUUAUAAUGUUGGCACGGUUUUAUGAACCUCGCCAAUCCAGUUUGAAAUGUAUAAAUCCCAUAGUAUUGUCCAAGUAUUUUUGUACUGUAUCAGAUGUCCCUGUUAUUAGGCCAAGGAGAUAUUUUUGUACAAAUAAAGGCCUUUUUCUUGUA